AUGGUUCUCGUCACGCUCAUCUUCCUGUUCCACGCCGUUCUUGCGUUCGCAUCGCCCAUCAAGCGCGCCACUGCGUACUUCAAUCCCGCGGAUGGCGGAGGGUCCAUGCUGGAUGUUGCAGGAACAGGUGUUGGCGAACCCAUGAAUGUCAUCAUCUCCGGACUGAGUUCACCCGACGUCUUGACACUGGCUGGCAUUGAGAAUUUCGCGAGAGCCAUCGGCUUUUCAACAGAGUGUCUCGGACUUCACCUCGGCGGGCCGCAAAGUGCGGAUUUGGGAGACGGUAACGGUCAAGUGAAUCAGACGAUCGAGUUGCGUGAGGACUUCCACGAUCCUAUCCUCGGGACAUGCGAGGAGAGCAUCACGGGUGGCAACCAUUUCCGCGUGUUCCAGCAGAAUGGGCCAAACGCAAACAGUAAUGCGAUGUUCCUCGCCGUUUCGCAGGAGGAGGACGUUCUUGAGAACCAUACCAUUGUGCCCGACGGCUACAACAUCGGUCGCAAUGCACUCGUCGCUGCUGCAGUCGGCUUGACGUCCUACAACGGCGUCACGUAUCAGACAACCGCACAGAACGUCACCGGCUUAUUACCAGCAGGAGCAACGGGCGUGAACCACGGUAUCGCACAAGAUGGAAUAGUCACGCUGCUUACCGUCACCAUCCUCCAACCUCAGGGUACCCAGUGCAUCCUCUUCUGA